AGGUGCUCAUUUGUGAGGACGAGUUCAAGUACGCACUAUUGGCCAAUAACUGUAUUUGCCCAGGAAUUUCUACGUUUAUCACCCUGCUAAUGCAUACAUCAAAAGGAGACGAAGGGAAAAAUUCGACCGAGCCUUGGCAUAAGGUCUACGGAUUCCAUUCUGGCAAUGAGCUGUACAUGAUCAAAGCGGAGGAUUCGAAAUUUUUCGGAA